GGCUCUGGCCCGAAUUGAGCUUGAGCCCCUCCGUGUGUGGAAGCUGUGAGAGGGUUAAAUUUCUGUGUGUGAAAAACGCUGAACUAACCUGAACUCUCAGAAUGAGUUUCAUGUGCACAAGACCGUGCCAAAGGGGCAGUGCCACCUGGUUGUCGCACCUAGCAGCAGUGUCAGAGACUGCUUCACAUGUAGUCGUCUCUCUUGUGAAAAACUAUCCAAACUAUCUGAUUAUAAAUCUGGAUAAGCUCGACUACUGUGCAAGCUUGAAGAAUCUUGAAACUGUCUCGGGGAAGGAAAACUACAAGUUUAUCCAGGGGGAUAUUUGUGAACCUGAUUUUAUAAAGCAGCUCUUUGAAACUGAGAAAAUAGAUAUAGUGCUUCAUUUUGCAGCCCAAACACAUGUAGAUCUUUCAUUUUGGCAUGCCCUGGAAUUCACCUACGUGAAUGUUUAUGGCACCAACGUGCUGGUUGCUGCUGCACAUGAAGCCAAUGUGGAGAAAUUUGUCUAUGUUAGUACAGAUGAAGUAUAUGGAGGUAGCACUGAUGAGGAAUUUGAUGAAUCCUCACCAAAACGUCCAACCAAUCCCUAUGCCUCCUCUAAAGCAGCUGCAGAGUGUUUUGUUCAGUCUUACUGGGAAAGGUACCAAUUCCCAGUUGUCAUCACACGGAGCAGUAAUGUUUAUGGACCACAUCAGUAUCCAGAAAAGGUUAUUCCAAAGUUUAUAUCUUUGUUGCAACAGAACAGAAAAUGCUGUAUUCAUGGUUCUGGACUUCAGAGAAGGAAUUUCCUUUAUGCAACUGAUGUAGUAGAAGCAUUCCUUACUGUCCUGAAGGAGGGGAAACCAGGUGAAAUUUAUAACAUUGGAACUAACUUUGAGAUGUCCAUUGCCCAGCUUGCUAAGGAGCUAAUUCAUUUAAUAAAGAAGACCAGUUCAGAGUCUGAAAUGGAACACUGGAUGGAUUAUGUCAAAGACAGGCCUACAAAUGACCUCAGAUAUCCAAUGAGUUCAGAAAAAAUGCACAACUUAGGCUGGAGACCCAAAGUGCCUUGGAAAGAAGGAAUAAUGAAAACAAUUGAAUGGUACAGAGACAAUUUCCACAACUGGAAAAACUCAGAGAAAGCUUUGGAGCCCUUUCCUGUGACAGACCCAUUUGCCCAGCUCAGUGGUCCAUAGCCUGGCACAGAACCUGAAGGAGUUUCUUCUACCUCAUAUGGUCUUUUCUUCAAAGCCUGCAAUCAAGUGGCCACACUGGACUCUUCAUGUAUUCAGUAAAGAACCACAGUGUGGCACAGCUUUGGAAUGGUUUCAGCACUUUAUAGGUUGAACCUCUUAGUUUCAGCUUUCGGUGCAAUACUCUGUCCUCAUUAAGUAUUGAUUUUAAAAAACUGUAUGGAGUGAAGAAUAUUUAUAAUGUUAUAAACUAAUGUACUGAAGUAAAAUCUGCCUUAUUAAGAAUAAUUAACUGUGAUUGCAGCUUUUGAGACUUGGAGUUAAAUUUGUUUUAGUACUGGAAUUAUUCAUCUGUAUUAGUUUGUUUUUACAGUGUAAUAUAUAUAAUUUUUGUCACUUUGAAGAAUUGGGUUUUAUUUUUAAUCAAGGGGAGAAAUUACCUAUUUUUUUGAGACUAUAAAUUGACAAAAGCUGGACACAGCAUCUGUAUGGUUCCGUCCAUUUCUCUGCUGGUGCACUUUUAGCUUUUGUAGUUGACUGAUUACACUUACCUACACUAUAACUUUAAAUGCCCCUUUAAGGGGGGGAAUGAUGUCAAGAAGUAGUAGGUGCUCUCCUGAGAUUUCCAGAAGUAUUUCCUUAAACUUUGUGCUCCUUUGACUGUAUUACUGUCUAUUACAUGUUAACUCCUUUUUCUUAGCUGUAAUUGUAACAAACUUGAAAUACUGGAACACAGUUAACAUUCCAACGAUCUUACUUCCUGUGAUAUGAAGGCUGCUUAUGGAGGAAGUUUUUUAAAACUCUUCUUUUUCUGUGAAUUGUGGGUUGACAGACCUUAAUCAAUGCAGUGUAUCAGCAUUUUUUCUAUAAUAAAGAUUUUAAAGAUAAAACAGUAUUUGAGUUUUAAUAUAAAAGUUGGAAAAAAACUCUGUAAUUCUAGAAAUCUGUCAAUGAAUCUUGUUCACAGUUGAUUUAAUAAUAAA